AUGUUUACACCAGGUUUGAAGAUACAGUAUUUUCCUCUGCACGGUGGGGAGAGGUUUGACAACAAAUUUUACCUGCGAGGAAAACACCUGACAGAAGAUGACGUCACACGCGGGGAUAUUCCAUAUGGGCUAAAUAAUGAGGAAAAAUCCAAUCAAGGAAGGUUGCUUAGGUACUACCUUGAGAAGCUGACAGGUUACAACGGCACCGAAGAGACACGGGAAAUCUUUCUUCAACUUCAGGUUCCAGAUGGAAGGUUCUUGUACCAGGUUCCAUUCGAUGAAGCUUUUGACAUGGUUGCUUCCCCUGAAGGAAAGGCCUUCAUCAAAGAAACAUUGGUGUACGAGUCAGAUACUGCUUCAGAUACCUCAGUACUUACCGUCUUCGUUAAUAAUCUAGGACAAAACAGUGGAGACUACCAGAUGAUGUACGUCAAGGAACAAGACGCCCUCCCACGUCAACUGGUCAAGACGUUCCUGGAGUCCAACAAGAGAUUUAAACUGAACCUGAACAGACGUCUCAAGUCUUUGGAAGAUGUAGAUUUGGUUUGUGCGAGAAAAGUUGUCCUGGCCACCUCUAAAGCUACCCUACAGCAAAUUGAGUGGGAAGUGCUAAGGUGUUUCAACAACACAGAGAAAAGAAUGAUCAACGCCCUAAAAGCCCUGCGAGAGGUCCCAACGGCCCAGAUCUUCAUGAGCUUCCCCAGACCGUGGUGGUUGCACAACUCCAGCAACCCCACAGCCAUGACAACCACGGACCUGCCCUUCAAGGAAGCGUUGGACUGGGGCCGAUCAGACCACACCGGAAACUACAUCCUCCUUGCAAGCUACGCGGAUGAAUCCAAGGCCAUGAGAAUGGCGUUACUCAACGAGGUGGGCGCCCCUUCAUCAUUUUCAGCCCCGGGCGCCGGCGUUGUUUCUGAAGCUUUAAUCACAGAGCUGCUGAAGGAACUCGCUGACGCUCACGGAAUCGAGCGGGGGGUAAUUCCUGACCCCGUUGACGCCACGGCUCAGUUUUGGACACCGGGUCAAACCGGCGGCGGCCGGGUCGUUUGGAGAGCCGGGUAUAAUUACGAUGACGUCACAGCCAUCCUGCAACGGCCGUCGGGGAACGAUGACGUGUUUGUGGUGGGGGCGGAUUUCUCAGCGGGCUAUAACGAAGGAUUCGCAGAAAGUGCUUUUGAAACUGUGGAGAAAGUGUUUCCUUUUAUUUCAGGAAGUUUUAAAUGA